AUGAGGACGACCAGAGACAGCACAAGAAAGAGUGUGAUGAACUUCAUCCUGAAAACAAGAGCCAAGCACAUCAGAGAUUCAGAGCGAAGUCGACAGGCUGUUCUCAAAGAGAGCCAAUCAGGCAGUGUGAGAUCUACAGAUGAUGUAAAUCUCUUUGUGGAACAGAUGGUGUUUUUACUUCCACCCUUUGUUAUGUUUCCCUCCUUUUUUCCGUCCCACCUGUGUUUCAUUUGUAAUCAUCGCCUGGGUCUGCUGCUGGUGUGUGUUGUUUGUGUGCCAUUGUUUGUGUUCCCAGUGUUUGCUUCUGUUCCAUCUGAUGGAUUUUUGGACUUCUUGUGUUUUGGACUGUCUGCCUCCCUUUUUGGAUCCCUGUUGAUUUGGAUUUUGCCUCCUAACCAGUUCGACUACCAGGAGCUGCUCCAUAACUCCAGUUUCUGCCUGGUGCCCCGGGGCCGACGUCUGGGAUCCUUUCGCUUCCUGGAGGCCUUGCAGGCGGCCUGUAUCCCAGUUAUUCUGAGUAACGGCUGGGAGCUGCCCUUCUCUGAAGUGAUCGACUGGAGGAAAGCCGCCAUCAUCGGAGACGAGAGACUGCUGCUACAGGUUCCCUCCAUUACUCGGUCUGUGGGCCGUGACAGGAUCUUGGCUCUCCGCCAGCAGACUCAGUUCCUCUGGGAUGCCUACUUUUCUUCAGUAGCCAAAAUCGUCUUAACUACUCUGGAGAUCAUCCAGGACCGCGUGGACUCCCAUGUGUCCAGAAGCCGGUUUUUGUGGAAUUCCCUACCUGGUGGUCUCUAUGCAAUCCCCCAGUACUCGACCGACCCUGCCCAGUUCCCUUUUUACUAUGCCAUACUGGGUAAGAGCCCGUCGCAGCAGUUCACAGCUGUGAUCCACACAGUAACUCCUCUGCAGUCCCAGAUCUCCCCUGUGGUGAAGCUCAUCAUCGCUGUAGCCAAGUCCAAGUUCUGUGCACAGAUUGUGGUUUUAUGGAACUGCGAUAAGCCUUUACCUCCUAGGAACAAGUGGCCCUCCACCAGCGUGCCUCUCACUGUCAUUGAAGGACAGACCAAGACGAUGAGCAGUCGUUUUUUCCCCCACGACGUCAUCCUCUCUGAUGCUGUCCUCAGUCUGGAUGAAGACUCAGUCCUCUCAACCAAUGAGGUGGAUUUUGCCUUUAUUGUAUGGCAAAGUUUUCCGGAGCGUAUCGUGGGUUAUCCAGCAAGGAGCCACUACUGGGAUAGCUCCAGAUCCCGCUGGGGCUACACCUCCAAGUGGACCAACGACUACUCCAUGGUCCUCACAGGAGCUGCUUUCUACCACAGAUACUACCACUACCUGUUCACCCACCACGUCCCGGCCAGCCUGCUGACCAUGGUGGACCGCAUGGCAAACUGUGAGGACAUCCUCAUGAACUUUCUGGUUUCGGCCGUCACCAAGCAACCGCCAAUCAAAGUCACGCAGAAGAAGCAGUACAAGGAAACCAUGAUGACCCAGGGCUCCAAGGCGUCUCGGUGGGCCGACCCGGACCACUUCGCCCAGCGUCAGACCUGCAUGAACGCCUUCAGCCACUGGCUGGGUUUCAUGCCCCUGGUUCACUCCCAGAUGAGGCUGGACCCUGUGCUGUUCAGGGACCAGGUUUCCAUCCUGAGGAAGAAAUACAGGGACAUUGAGAGGCUGUGAAUGCACAAGGACACAGAGAGAGAGAGGGAGGGAGUAAGAGAGGCUGACAAGGUGUGUGUUCUUGUGUUUCCUGUUCAGGAGGUCAUGACAAGAAAUACACACACUGACUACAAACCUUUGUGAGACUGUAAAGGAAAACUGAACACAUGCACUGGACAUAAAAAUGAUGAAGCACUGAGGUAAGCAUAAGGCAUUUAACUGUGCGUUUCAAUGAAAAAAAAAAAACACUGAUUGUGUAUGCGUGGUUGAUAACGGCGAGUAACUGUGCGUACCCGCCAUCUGUGACAGUACACAUAAAUAUGAAUGCAUGGAUACACAUGCAACAAAGACCAGGACACAUUCAAGCCUGUCCUGACCACAGACAUACAGUAUGUGUUGCAUGGUUUGAAUAAGACCGCUGUACAAGGACCUGAAAAAUAUAACAUGUUUGAAUUAAAAAAAAAAUCUAAGAGAUGUUUAUUGUGGAUGCCGGCCUGUUGGCAGUAGAGGAGUAUACAGUAUAUUGUUGGCAAAAAGGUUCAAGAGAUUUAUGAGUUAUAGGUUGUAUUCAUAAAGUCCAAAGUCAAAGGAAGCGAUCUUUGGGGUUAUGUAUGUACAGUAGAGACACAUUAUGGACAAAAGGGACAAACUGUAGUCUCUGGGUCGGGCCAGAUGACAGCUGCUACCCCAAAACACCCAGAGACAAUGGCAAUAUGCCUCUUGUAUACUAUUGUAGAUUUUCAGCAGCAGUUCCUGUCUGUAUGAAGCAAAUAAAAAAUAAAAUAAAGUUAUGUUAUGUUAUAA